UAGUUUUCUAAUUUGCAUUUCAAUAUCCUCAUUCCUCUUUUUUUGCAAUUCCUUUUUCCGCAUGUACCAUCUGACCCCCACCACGCACACAUGCCAACAGCCGAUUGGACUCUCAUCCUCUGCAUACUAGGCGGAGGAGGGUUAGCCCUCCAAGCCGGAAUGAAUGGCACACUGGGUACACUUUCGCGAACAAAACUCUUUGCAUCAUGUUGGUCAUUUGGGAGUGGGUGUUUGCCGCUUUUGAUUUAUUUUUUGGCGACGAUGCGGGGGGUGGAGAUUUCGAGGGCAUAUCAUGAUGCACCUCUCUAUGCACAUUUCGGGGGUAUCAUGGGAACCAUCUACGUUGUCACAAUCGUCUACCUCGCACCCCGUCUCGGCGCAGCAUCCCUACUCAGUACAGCCAUUGCAUCCCAAAUGACCACUGCAUUACUAUUAGACCAUUUUGCGUGGUUGGGAUUAGAGAGACGGGAGGCGAGUGUAGGGAGGGUAGUAGGUGUUUUAUUGACCAUUUUUGGUGUGGUUGUUAUGAUGGGGGGUCUCGAGUGGGUACGUAGGGUACUCCGAUCCGAUCAACGGCCAAAAAGUGAUGAAGAGCAUCAACAGCAGGACAUGGUGAUGGGAGACAGUACGAAACCCGAUCCGAUAGUAAAUGAACCCACUACCACCACCACCACAACAACAACCAAAACGCAACCCAAGAAGCCAGAUUGGACACUCUUGUUUUCUAUUCUUGCUGGUACCUCAUUAGGUCUCCAAGCCGCCAUGAACGCACAACUCGGGCACUAUUCCACACCCGCAUACAGUGCCCUAUUCUCUUUUUCCGAAGGCUUUAUACUUCUUCUACUGUUGUUUUUAUACGAUGUGACGAUGGGACCUACAUCCCGUCUCGACCCACCAUGGACACUCAACAUUGUGACGACAGUACCCUACUGGGCCUGGCUGGGUGGAUUCCUUGGCGCCGCCUACGUCCUCAUCGUCACCAUCGCUACACCUCGUUUAGGCGCCGUAACAGUCCUAGGUACAUCUGUAUGCGCACAAGUCAUUGCAGCGGUCUUGUGUGAUCAUUUUGGGAUUGUGGGAUUACCGGUGCAGAAGGCGGGGUGGGAGAGGUGUGUGGGUGCUGUUGUUGUUGUGGGGGGUGUGGUUUUGAUUACCGUUUUGUAAAGUGUGGAUGAAGGGGGUUUUUACACAAGUUUUAUAAGUAUUUAUGGGGUUCUUUUUACAUAACGCUGUUUGGUUGGGAAACAUGAUGUAACGACCCCCUCUGUCCCAUCGUAUGAACCCCCAACAGUUAGGAAACCCACAUAAACUGCAAAUGUAAAAAAAUCCCUAAAAUCGAUGGGUUUUGGAUGAGGGGUUUACUUGUGAUUUUUGCAUUCUGUGGUUGCCUACAAUCUCCCUGCGCAACAAGACUAUGAUUGGGAAAACCCCAACAGACAGGAAACCCACAAAAACCUCCAAAUGUCAAAAAUCCCCAAACGUUGAAUAUUCC